AUGGAACGUGUUGUUGUUGUUGUUGUCUCCUGCGGCGGCGGUGGUGUGGCAAGUGAGAGGAAGAGAACAUUCAACAUAGCACCUAGUCUCACAUAUAAACGGAGGGAUCAUCAUAGAUCAAUCAGAUCCGACGGUUCGUGUUGUAUUAGGGGAUCGAACAUUCUCGAUCCGAAAGGUGAGAAUUCCCAAACAUAUCUUGCAUUAUCAUCCUCAGCAAAGAAUCCUAUUGCCAUAAAUUCUUAUCCAAAUUCAGAACGCAAUACAGGUGCGAGAAGACCUCAGCAGAAAAUAACAUUAUUCAACUGUUAUUCUUUGACCCAUCCUUUGCAUGAUCAAAAAAUUCAAAUCACUCUCUCAGAUGCCAACUCAUUUUUGCUCAGGAUCUGGCUUCUCCAAGAAUGUCUUCUUCAACCAUCCCCAUGGCUGAACGAGGUAGAGAGCGCCGGUGACGGCAGUGACGCCCCACAAGGCGGCGGCUUUGACGUCGGUGGGUUGGAGACGGAUCCUCGCUGGUAAACCGGCCAUUUUCUCGAUUCUCAAAGUGAAUUCUCAAAUCUCAACUGCGAAA